AUGGAACCCCAAUCUGCACCGUUGAAUCACGAAAAUCAAAAUGACCGCGAAAUGCAAGAACUCGCAUCGCUUCGAAAAUCGAUCGAGGAAUGCCUCGUCAAGAGACAAUCGGAGGAGCACAGAUUGCGUUCCCUUGAGAGACACAUCGACGAGCGCUCCAAAGCGCUCGACUCCAAGGAGAAGCAACUCGCUUCCGUUAAACGACAACUUGGCCUGUGUUGUCGAGAUAUCGACGUGAAGGAGAGAGAAUACGGCGUCGUUCGAAGAAGCGUCGAAGAACGUAACAGAGAGUUCGAGGCGAAAGGAGCGCAACUCAAGUCCAUACAGAGGAAGAUUACCGAAUGCGAGAGGCAACUAAGGAUGAAGGAGGAAGAAUGCAACUGGCAACUCGAAACGUUGCAUCGCGUGAUCACUGAGCGCGACGAGGUUCACAGGAAAAUGCAGAUGGCGAUUCAGGAAUGUCACGAUGAUCUUGCCGCGAAGGAAGCGCGACUCUGUUUGAUCAUGGACUUGAUUAGAGAGCGCGAGCAAGAACUCAAGACGAAGGACAUGGAGUUUCAUCAAGCAUUGGAUAACAUUCAUAGAGACUGCGAAAGAAAGGAAGAGGAACUCAGGGCUCUUUCGAACAAAAUUGCUGCACGAAAUGGGGAGCUUACGAUGAAAGAGGAAGAGUUUGAUGCAACGCCAAGAUUGAUCAGUGGGCAUGGUAAUGAACAGGAGUUGAAAACGAAGAACUUAAUCAAGUCAAUGCGAGCAAGGAUCAAUCAGCUUGUUCGAGAGCUUGGAUCAAAUAAAAAAGAGUUCGAUUCUCACAAAUUAUUGAUGGAAGAAAAGGGAUUGGAGUUUGAAAAGAAAGAGAAUGAUUUUGAGUCCAUGAGGAAGCUGUUUGAAGGGCGAGUGAAGGAGCUCGAGUUAAAAGAGAAGGAUCUCGAAGGAAGAGCGAUGGAGCUCGAAUCAAAAGAGAAGCAAUUUGAGGGCUUCGUACAGGAGAAGCAGAAUGAAAGUCAGGUGCAGAGGCUCAAGUUGAAAGAGAAGCAGAUUGAAGAACAAAGGCAGGAUUUCGAGUCCAAAAAGAAUCAAUACGAAGGACUAGUGAAAGAGAUGGAAUUAAAAGAGGCACGAUGUAAAGUGCAAAUGAAGGAGCUUGUGUCUAAAGAGAAGCUGUUUGAACGACAAAUGAAGGAUCUUGAGUCUAAAGAAAAGCAGUUUGAAGGACAAAUGAAGGAUCUUGAGUCCAAAAAGAAUCAAUACAAAGGACAAUUGAAGGAGCUUGAGUUAAAAGAGGCGCAGUUAAAAGUGCAGGUGAAGGAAUUUGAAUCAAAAGAGAAGCAGUUUGAAGGUCAACUGAAGGCGCUUGAGUCCCAAAAAAUUCAAUAUAAAGAACAAAUGAAGGAGCAUGAGUUAAAGGAGGCACACUUUAAAGUGCAGGUGAAGGAGCAUGAGUUAAAGGAGGCACACUUUAAAGUGCAGGUGAAGGAGCUGGAAUCAAAGCAGAAGCAUUUUGAAGGACUGGUAAAGGUUCACGAGUCAGAAAAGAAGCAAUUUAAAGAAAAUGAGAAAAAACUUGGGUCCAGAGAGAGGCAAUAUGAAGGACGAGUGAAAGAGCUUGAGUCAAAUAAGAAGCACUACGAAGGCCGAGUGCAGGAGCUCAAGUCAAAAGAGGAGCAGUUUGAAAUACAGGCGAAGGAGCUCGAGUCAAAAGAGAAGCAUAUUGAAGGUCAAAUGAAGUUUCUUGAGUCGAAAAAUAACCAAUACAAAGAACAAGCGAUGGGACUUGAGUUAAAAGAUGCACAGUUUAAAGUGCAACUGAAGGAGCUUGAGUCAAAAGAAAUGCAGAUCAAAGGAGAGAUGAAGGAGCUUGAAGUGAAAACGAAAAAUUUUAAAAUACAACUGAGGGAGCUUGUGGCAAAAGAGAAGCAGUUUGAAGGAAAAGUGAAGGCUCUUGAGUCAAAACAGAAUCAAUAUGAAUCAUUAAGAAAAUCAUUUGAAAAGGAAAAAGUGUUGAAAGAGAAGUCGAAUUUCCUCCUUCAUCAAGUAAAGACUGAGCAACAGUCUUUAACAGAAGUCAACAGUGUAACUAAUAGCACGAAUUUACAGUUCCUGUUUAAUCUUAUGGACAAACACAAGCUGAUGUGUAGUCAAGUCUCUGAUGCUCUUCGAACAUCUGCUGACCCUACUAAAUUGGUGCUAGAUGCAAUAAAAGGUUUUUAUCCUCCUUGUACGAGCCAAGAACUCGUUGAAUAUGAUGCAGAUAUCUUAAGGAGAGUGUGUAAUCUUUUGAUGGAUGAAUUAAAGAACUCUUCCCCAGUAAUUGCUUUUCAUGUGAAACAAGAAGCAAUGAAAUUGGCAAGUGAUUGGAAGGUGAAAAUGGCUGUAGCUGAUAAAGAUUGUUUGGAGGUCCUGGAUUUUUUGAAGUUUGUUGCUACUUACGAGAUUGGUUCAUCUUUCAAUCCAGUUGACCUUCAGAGGCUUCUAGAUAUAGUUGCCCAGCAUUGUCAGGCUCCGCAAGCCCUUGCCAAUAUUGAAAAUCCCUCAGAUAAUCAAUUAAGUCUCGUCAUUCAUGGAAGAAAUUUGCAGUUGCACUCCAUCGAACAUAUAACUGAGCCUGAGUUGAUUGGCAUUGACAUUUUAGUUAAUCUCCAAACAUCAUCAGAUCCAGCACAAAUUGUUUUGGAUAUCAUACAGAAUCCUCUUGUUCCACAGAAUAACGGAAACGAUGGUGCAAUCAUUGCUGGGAGCCACAUCUUUCUGUUAGAACAUUUGAUGAGAAUCUCACCUCAGAUUAAACCCCAAGUAAGGGAAGAGGCAUUGAAGUUAGCACUUCAUAUAAAAGCAAACAUGAGAGAAAAUGCUGAAAAUUCUCGGGUGGCUCUGGGCUUUCUACUGUUUUUGUCUAUUUAUGGAUUGGUUUCUUGUUUCAACGAAGAUGAAGUUUUAAAGCUUUUUGAAUUAGCUGCUCAGCACAAGCAAUCUGUAGAGCUGUUUCGGACCCUUGGUUUUGUGGAUAAAAUCUCUGAUUUUGUUCAGAUUCUUAUUAAGAAGCAGCAGUACAUCGAAGCUGUUAAAUUCAUUUGUGCAUAUAAGUUCACUGACAAGAUCCAACCAGUUGAUCUCUUGCGACAACAUAUGGCGAAAGCAAAAUGUGUUACCAAGAAAUUGGGCAAAAAGAAGUCCAUUGAUAAAAAGGUUAAGGCCAGAGAUAUUGAAAUUGCUAGUCUGGGAACUGUUCUACAAUGCAUUUCAGAUAACAACCUAGAAUCUCAGGAUCUAGUUAAAGAGAUUCAAGAUCGCAUUCUUGGCCUAGAAAGGCAGAAGGAAAAUAUUGUUCGUUUAGCAUCAGAGCCUUCCUCCAAAGUUGGAGAGCAACUGCCUGAAGAAACGAAACGUGCUAAUGGAGUUGUCGUCAAGAAUCAAGUUAAAGUGCAACAAACUGAAGGAAAGAUAUAUGCUAAUGAAGCAGUCACUGUAAAUCAAGUUCAAGUGCACAAAUCUGAAGAGAAAAAAGAUGUUAUUGGAGCAGUCGCCAAGAAUCACGUUCAAGUGCACAAAUCUGAAGAGAAAAAGGAUGUUAUUGGAGCAGUCACCAAGAAUCAAGUUGAAGUGCAACAUCCUAAAGAAAAGAAUGGUGCAAAUGCAGCAGUCAUUAAGAAGCAAGUUAAGGUGGAACAACCUGGAAAAAAGAAACCUGCUGGUGGGGCAGUGACCAUGAAUCAAGUUAAAGUGCAACAACAUGAAGAAAAGAUUUGUGCUAAUGAAUCAGUGACCGUAAAUCAAGUUCAAGUGCACAAACCUGAAGAAAAAGAAGGUGUUAUUGGAGCAGGUCCCAAUAAUCAUCAUUCACAUCAGUGGGCUAACAGCAGCAAACGUCCUCGAACAGCUGUAACAAGCUCGGUACGAGAAGACUGUAACAAUCAAAAACGUCCUCGGACAGCUGUAGCGAGCUCUGUGCCUUCUGUCUUGACUCCUCAAUUCCAGCAUGUUUUUGUGCCAAUGCCUUGCCAUGAAAGAGGUAUGCCAAUGCCUGCGCAGUUUGGUUUACCCCCAAGCUACUUUGGUCGUCCUAAUCCUAUGGAUAUAGGACGGUUUGGAAAUAGUGCAGCAAGUUACUUCUAUAACUCCAGGCCGUAUCCGCGUUUUAGAUGA